AAAAUAUUUUCACACAAUUGUACUGUAUUCGCUGAAGACAUCAUAUGAAACGAAUAAAAAAUUUGCAAAUUUUGUUCUAAAAUUUCAAAAAGAGUGAAUGUCGUGCAUUGAUGCGUUCACAUCGCAUUUUUCUCUUGUAUUUAUAAUACAUUUAAUUACCUAUCCAUUAUUUAAUAAUACACAUUAAAAUAUUUGGAAAUUUCGAAGUGAAUAUUAAAAUAUAAUUUACAUUAAAAAUGAAUAACGUAUGUAAUGGUGAUAAUGUUUUGAUAAUCUGGAAAAACAGUGAUCAAAAUGACUUAAAUAGUUUAGUAAAUAAAAUUAAAAGUAUUUCUGAAACUGGAAUUAUUGUUCUGGAAAACUCUGAAAUGAUCACAGAAUCUUCUCGAACACCGUCUUCAUUUAACAUUGUAAUAUCGAAUUGGCUAGCACCACAAUCUAUGAUUCAUAAUGAUAAUCUGCUUGCAAUAAUUGUAAAACUGCUGAAACCAAGUGGCAAACUUAUAUUAAAGGAUACAAUAGAUCUAACUAGUACUCUCAAGUUGAAUGGUUUUGUGAAUGUCCUUAAAGAAUCUGAUAAUGUCUAUGUAGCUGAAAAACCUAAAUUUGAGGUUGGAUCAAAAGCAUCACUUAAGCUUGGAAACAAAGCAGCAGUUUGGAAAUUGGAGGAUACAGUUGAGGCAGCUUGGACGGGAGGCAAUGAUGAUGAUAUAAUUGAUUCUGAUCAGUUGUUGGAUGAAAAUGAUCUGAAAAAACCUGAGCAGUCAUUAAGAGUGUGUGCGACGACUGGGAAACGAAAAGCAUGCGCAGACUGCUCAUGUGGACUCGCCGAAGAGUUGCGCGGUGAAACCAAGCAAACUCCCAAGUCAUCCUGUGGAAGUUGUUACCUGGGUGACGCAUUCCGUUGCGCAACGUGCCCGUACCUAGGUAUGCCGGCGUUCAAACCUGGAGAAAAAGUUAUGCUGGAUCUCAAGUCAGAUAUAUGAAUGCAUUAUACAGUGUACUAGGUUUUAACUUUUUUUAUACUACGAGUAGUAUUUCAUGUUGUGAUCAUUUAAAUAUAACUACUUAUACAUA